AUGUCGGUGAUGAGACCGGAUGGGAGCGUCAUGUUUGUCAUCGAAACGGCACCAUACUUGGACGACCAACGUACCGAAGUCUACGAUGCAGAGGGGGAUGUACUGGGUUCAAUCUUGUGGAAUGGGACACAACCGAGCCACAUUUGCGUGUACAGCGAAAGCGCGAGUCAUUCGCAGCCAUUCGAAAUGGUCCCCAGAGGCGACCCGACCUCACAAGAUCAAUUUGAAGUGAUCGCAGGCGAUGGCGCUCAUGAAAUUCUAUGGGUCGUCGACCGACGAGGACUUCGGGCUCACUAUCCAAUGCAUUCGCGAGGCAGCUCACACCGACCGCCCCUAGUCGCAGAUUAUAUACCUCUGCGUGCAUCUGGGGCUGCAAAGAUGUUAAAGGGAAGCACCGCGACCGGCCAACGCAAGUUUUCCGAGACGGAUUGCGAUGUGCUCGAACUUGCAGUCGAACAAAUGUCCGAUGACGCGCUGGGACGAUUCUGGGUUGCAUUCAUCUUGCUUGACAUUAUCCACAAGUCCAAGUUUGCGCUCACUGCACCAGCGCUGGCUACUCCGCCGUCGGCAAAGGUUGCACGAAGGGUGCCAAAGACUGCGUCUGGACGAAGUGGAUGGGGAGCUAGAACGGAAAAGCUCAAGGAUUUGACGAUUGGAAUGAUGCUCCAGCCCCGACGAUGGUCGCUGUGA